AUGCCACGCUUGCCGCACUUCGGUGCGCUGUGCCUGCUGCUGCUGGUGCGUCUAUGGCAAGCGCUGGGCCUGGCGCCGCUCAGCUUUAGCUGUGGACGUGGCGCACGCUGCCGCCGCCUGCUGACAGCCAGCGCCUGGCUGCACUGGCUGGGCCUGCUGGCGCUGUCGCCGCUGCUGCUGCGCCAGAGCCUGGCCAUGUACGAGGCGACAAACGUGAAGCACUCGACGCUCUUCAAACACAUCGCGCUGGCCACGAUGGCCGGCGAUGUGGCCAUAUCGCUGGCGCUGCUGUUCGCCCACAUCUGGCAGCGCCAGCGCCUGGCGCGGCUGCUGAACGGGCUGGCGCGCCUGCAGCGCCGGCACAGCCUGAGCUGGCCCGCCACGCUGCUGAUGUGGGCCAAGUUGCUGCUGUCGCUGUACGAGCUGCUCUGCAACGUGCCUUUUCUGCAACAGAAUGCGGCACGGCUGCCCUGGCUGCAGCUGCUGGCCUACGGCAUUCAGCUCUAUGUGCAGCACAUGAGCAGCGUCUUUGGCAAUGGCGUCUUCUGCGCGCUGCUCCUGCUGCUGGGCAGCAUGCAGCAACUGGAGUGGCAGUGGCAGCAGCCGGCGGCAGGUCAACAGCGACGGCUGCUGCGGCGCGAGCAACGUCUGUUGCUGGUCUGCGCGGACUUCGUUGGCGUCCUGCAGCUGGGCAUCUUCCUGCUGGUCAUUGGCAACUUCAUCAACAUCCUGGCCAACAUGUAUGCCUAUAUGUCCUACUUUGUGGAGCAGCACGGCAUCCCCUUGACCAUAUCGAACUAUUGUGCGAUCGUCGCCAUUCAACUCUAUGCUCUCAUCUUGGCCACGCAAAUGUGUCAAGUGCAGCAUGCGAAGCUGCGCAGGCGCUGCCUGGAGCUGUGCUAUGUGCCUCAGCAGCUGACCCUGGAGCAGGCUGUGCUGCCGACGCCGCUGCUGAUGUGGCCCCUGGACAACCUGAAGUUCCCCAUCUUGGGCCUCUUCAACUUGGACAACGCAUUUUGGCUCUUUCUCGUCUCCUAUGCCGUCAACUUCAUAGUCAUCAUAUUGCAGUUCACUGUGGAGAAUAUAAAGCGCUGA